AAGCGCACCUGAAGCACUUUUCUCUCUCCCACUUUUCCCCAUCUCAAAAGAAAAUGAGCAUUCUCAAAACAGACAUCAAGAGCAGCCACGACACCCUUGGUCGCGGCGUCUUUGGCACCGACGCCCUCGACAUCACAAAGCUUUUUGACGUCAAGGGUUGGGUUGCUAUCGUCACUGGAGGUGGUACCGGGCUGGGACUCGUCACCGCUGGCGCUCUCGCGAAGAACGGAGCCACCGUGUACAUCACCGGGAGACGACCUGAGCCUCUUCAGGAAGCGGUCAAGACGGCCUCUCCUACUGAAGGCGCUGGCAAGAUCAUUCCCAUACAAGCAGACAUGAGCUCAAAGGAGGGUAUCAACAAGCUCCGGGAGGCCAUCGAAUCGAAGGAGAAGUUUGUCAACGUCCUCAUCAACAAUCAUGGUGUCUCGCUGCCUGUGCCCAACAUCAACGAACCUGAACAAACGGCCGAAGGUCUUGCCAAGAAGAUGUUCGAGGAUGAAUCGUUCGAGAGCUGGACCGACGGGUACCGUAUCAACACCGCAUCCUACUACUUUACGUCCUUCGCCUUCCUUCCCCUGUUGGCGGCUGCCAAGACCGUGGGUGGAUUCUCUGAGCCUGGCAAUAUCGUCAACCUGGCUUCGAUGAGCGGCAUCACAAAGACAUCGCAGAGGGGUCAGUUCAGCUAUAACGCCAACAAGGCUGCCACCAUCUCGCUCUCUCAUCAGCUGGCUACCGAAUUUGCCCGACGUGGAUUAGGAAUCAGGGUCAAUGUGAUCUGCCCUGGAUACUUCCCAUCCGGGAUGACUCAAAUCAACGAUGAAGAGCUCAAGCCCAGUGAUGCGUUCAGGAGAGACUGGGGGACGCCCUUUGCUCGUCCCGGUAACGCUGUUGACUAUGCACAGUGCAUCUUUGCGCUGGUCAAGAACGAGUACGUUACUGGCGCCGAAUAUGUCAUCGAUGGCGGAUGGUUGCUUGCCAUGCCUUUCUAAGGGCGCGUGUAUUAGUUGAACUCCGAGGAGCAUUUUCCGGCGCACAAGUGUGUCUAGAGAUAUGAGAUAGAAAUGUACAAUCUUUAUGUAUCGUCGGAAAUUUGAGGCG